UGGAAAUGUAAAUGAGGAAAAGAUACCACUGCCAAGUUCUAUAUAUAGCCAAUUGUAGACUAUAUAUGAAUGUUAGAGGGCGAUUGAUAGAAUUGUGCUUGAGUUGUUCUUCAAAUGGUUAAAUUCUUUGUAUAAUAAAUUCAAGCUAGGUGUUACUUAAACUCUUUGUUGAGACUAUUGUGAUGACUUUUCCCAAAGGUGUUCAGCAAGAGGGACAGUAGAGCAUUUCUGGACAAGAACAUGCAAUGGACAGUAGACAGUAGGUUGUAUGUAUGCUUUCACUAUAGAGACCGGAUAGGGAAAUGGGAAAUAAAAGUGGUUUGAGAUUUUUUGAGAGCCUUCUGUGAUGUAUAGCCAGGGUCAGAAAUUGGUGUAGAUCAGAUGGACUAUUACAGUAGAAUAUAAAAUAUAGUGUACACUGUAGCAACCAUCCGUUCAGGUCCUCAAACCACCCCUUUACCUUUCUAGUUAUUUUAGCUCCCCUCUGAUUUCCCCUUUGUGUAAGUUUCAGUGCAAAGGACAAGUUCCCUAAUCUAGCUCUUGUUAAGUGGAAAGAGACUUAACACCACUAUUAAAAAUGGAGUAACCCUAGAACAUUCAUAGAAAUGGUCCUUUUAAACUGAUUUAUUCCCUGAUAGCAAUUCGUUUUCAUUACUGGUUUUCUCUUUAAAAUACAGGUAUAAAAUGAUUCUAGUUGAGUUUACAUUGUUAUAUAUAGUUAUAUCUUAAAUUUACGCAGAAAAUUUUACUUACACAGAAAAUUAUGUCUCAGUUUGAAAUACAAUUUCUACAUGCUUAGUUUUUAGAUCUUAAUUCCCAGGAUUUUAGAUUUUAUUAACUUUAAUAUGAAGUUUUGAACUUCUUUAUAUUUGUCACUACCUGUGAUCCAAGGAUGAAGAUUUGUAUCUUCCUUUUUAAAGAUUGUUUUGUUUAUUUUAUGUGUGAGUGCUUUGCCUGAAUAUAUGUGCAGUGUGGUGCCUCCAGAGGCCCAAAGAGGCAGGGUGAUAUGAACUGAGGUUGUCUGUUGCUGUGUGGGUGCUAGGGAUCAAAUUGUUUCUCUGCAACAGCCAUGACCCUCUUAACUGCUGAGCCCUCUUUCCAGCUCUGAUUUGUGUCUCCUUUCCCUUCCCCUCUUCCUUCCCCCUUUCUCUUCUCCUCCCUCCUCCUCUUCCCUAUUUUUCUUUCUUUCUUUCUAUCUUUCUUUUGUUAAGUACUUUUUUUGUCUUCACAGAUAACUAUUUUCCAGGAGCCAAGAAGAGUCCUGUGUAUUCUGUAAUACAGCAUAGGAUGAUGCGCAUGUGUACUGUGUCGUGUUAUUGUUCUAAGUGGAAAUGUUUCUGAUCCUUUUUAAAUACAUCCUCGUGACAAGGACUCUGAGAGAAGUGACAAGGAGUAAUAGCCUUUUGGCAUAUUUUUCACUAGUAGUUUCUUUUUAUUUGAACCCCCUCCUUCUCAAAUAAUAAUAAACCAAAUUUUAGAGUCUUAUUAGCACCUUCCUCCAGUUUUUGAGACAGGGUCUUACUUUAUAUCUUAGUCUUUCAGUAGGAAGAACCUUUAAAUCCUUAACAAUGGAGGUACUCUGAUAUGACACAGUAAUUCAUGUUAAAUACUGGUUGCGUUUAUAAUGCUCAGUGACAUGAUUAUUUGUAUAAAUAUCUAAUAUCUUCAUUUUUGGUGCCCUUUUGUUUCUUUUUAAGUCUUCAGUUAUGUGUAUGUGUAGGAGUGUGUGCAUGUGAGUGCAGGUGCCUGGAAGUCAGAGGUGUCCAGUUUCUGCAGCAGGAGUUAAAGCGCGCGAUUGUGAGCAGCCUGGCAUGGGGACUGGGGACUGAUCUGCUAGAGCAGCAGGCUGAGCCAGCUCUCCACAGCCCCGUCUCCUUUAGUUUAUUCCUGUCUGUCCAGAGUCGCAGGAUCACAGGAUCAGCUUGUGAAGAUGCUCACCCAGUCAAGUAUGGUCAGAUACUGUUGGGGAUUAUUUGGGUGUGUUCUGUAGAGAAUGGUGACCAUAGGUUAACGCACACUUAGAAGUUGAGAGGAAUAGAUGUGUGUAGGGGAGAGAGGGCAAACUGGAGGAGGCCAUGGAUUAAAGGUGUGAGACCCUGGGGUGGGAUUAAUGGAGACCUUUGAAUUUCAGGUUGUAAUCUUACCAAAGCAAGAGGUACAUCUGUGGUUUCCUAUGAGUAACUCAUCUGUCUGAAGCAAACAGCAACUUCUCUUUCCAGUGACGCCCUCAUCUCACGAAACCCAAGUUGUGUGAAUUCUUUCACAGUGUUUCCUUGCUCUGCGUGUGUUGCGGCUUGCCUGUUAGGUUUUGUCUCUCUGCACUUAGACAUGUAGAGCACAAGGGACUGUUUCCUGUAUUUACCUGGCUCCUGCUCCUUCCUACACAGUCAGUUGUUUAACAUGGAAAGGCAUGUAUAAUGCCUGCGUUCUUUUUGCCGUCUCUGUUCUUAUGUUUAUAAUCAGUUCAAUGCUGGUUUAUGGAGCCAUUUCUUAUCAAGUGGGCUGGCUGAUUCCUUUCUUCUGCUACCGACUCUUUGACUUCGUUCUCAGUUGUCUGGUGGCCAUCAGUUCUCUCACUUACUUGCCAAGAAUCAAAGAAUAUCUGGAUCAGUUGCCUGAUUUCCCAUACAAAGAUGACCUCCUGGCAUUGGACUCCAGCUGCCUCCUGUUCAUCGUCCUUGUGUUCUUUGUGGUAUUCAUCAUUUUUAAGGCUUACCUAAUCAAUUGUGUUUGGAACUGCUACAAAUACAUCAACAACAGAAAUGUGCCAGAGAUUGCCGUGUACCCUGCCUUUGAAACACCUCCACAGUAUGUUUUGCCAACCUAUGAAAUGGCUGUGAAGAUUCCUGAGAAAGAGCCACCACCUCCUUACCUGCCUGCCUGAGGACAUUCUGCCUUGUCAAUAAAGCCUAUACCAGCUUCUCGUCUUGUUUAUUUUACAGAAAGCUGCAGUGCGGGCCUCUCAGACUUGUUUGAUAGAAAGUACACUGUCUUGUCUGAGCAUUUAUUUUCAAACACUAAGGAGCUUUUGGACAUUUAUUAAAAACUUUUUGUUAAGUAUCACAUUUUAGAGACUUUUUGAAGACAAUCUAGAUUAAGCAAGAGCCAAGUGCCAUUGUUAGCCUUUAGCUGAGGGUAUGGGGGGGAGGGGUCUCCAUGUUUUCUUUUUUAACUUUGCACUUUCUUUGUAUAAUAAUAGUUUAUGUUUUGGAUGUUUGGUGCCCUGAGUAGUUUCCGGGGCGUGACUACAGUGUUGAGGAUGAAUAGGUUGGGUAUAACACCUGCAGUUUCCAGCUCUAUGAAACAGGAGAGAGAGAGAAAUAGCAGUUUGACUUGACUGUGGAAGAUGAUGGUUGCAUGCUUCUCAUUUGUACGUUUCCAUCUUUGUGAUAAACCGCUUUAAUAAAGCUCAUAAAUUUUA